UUUAUAAAUUGCAUGAUUUAUGAAACAUCCGAUUGAGAUUAGGUUCCUACCCAUUUUAUCUGCAGAGUCUCUCUGAAAGCCACCCGUCGCCAUUGCCAUUUUAUAUGCACAGAACACAAGCUUUAGCUGGUCAUCCCCCAUUAGCAGCUGCAGAGGAAGAAUGCCGACUUUGAAUUUAUUCACGAAUGUUCCAGUUGAUACUGUUGUCGCCGCUGACAUCCUCAAGGACGCUUCGAAAGCCGUUUCUAAAAUUCUCGGCAAACCUGAAUCUUAUGUGAUGAUCUUGCUGAAUGGUGGCACUCCAAUUGUAUUUGCUACGACAGAAGAGCCAGCCGCGUAUGGAGAAUUGAUCUCCAUAGGAGGCCUUGGACCUGGCGUGAAUGGAAAACUUAGCUCAACAAUUGCUGAGAUUCUUCAGACUAAGCUCCAAAUUGAUGGUUCACGUUUCUAUAUCAAAUUUUAUGACGUUCAGCGCUCAAACUUCGGGUACAACGGCUCAACAUUUUGAUAAGUAUUUUGCAGGAUAAACAAAAAGAAGUGUGGUCAAGAAUGAAAAUUGUGGAGUACUGAGACUAACUAUUCAAGGGAGUUGAUGGAACACCAUUUUCUGCCAUUAUUUGUAAACUAUUUGAAUGUGGAUGUAAGUGAAAAUUAUUAUAUUACAUUUUUAUUUGUUUUAGUGUUUCAUAUCUAUUAAGUAUAGCAACAAGUUGUGCUUCUCAGUUGAGUUAUUUGAUCUUGAUUGUACCGAAGAAUUGGUCCAUGUUGUCCUCGGUUAUGCAGCAACCACUUCUAUCAUAUUCCAAAUCACUUUUGAUCGUGGUGUA